AUGUCAACAAAAGCCGACCAAGUCAUAACAUUAGCUCAAGUACUGUCAUUAUUAGAGAAUCCAGAAUCGAAGAAAUCUAUAGUUUGGAAAGAGUUUGGUAAUUAUUUAGAUAAAAGUGUUGAAAUUGAAGACCCCAAUCCCAAUCCCAAUCGGAACCCCAACCCAAACUCAGACUCAAUAAUUAUCAGAUCGGAAGAUCCUUGUUUAAAUUCGCAAUCUACCAAAUAUAUUCCCGAUUGUUAUCCGGAAAAAUCCUAUUUAUCACAAAAUAUUGCUUAUAAGAUUUGUAAUUCUUGUCAACGUCCUAUUGGAACAAAAAGUUUACCAUUGCAUUAUACAAAGUGUGUAGCCAUGAAACAAAAAAGACAACAAGAACAACAAGAAAAUGCUGCAUCAUUAUCGAACAAUAACAAUAACAAUCCACAAAAGAAGAAAAGAGGUAGAGGAGGUGGAGGAGGGAAUGCAUUGGUUGAUAUUGAUGCUUCAUCAGUAGAUAGUUCAAGGAAUGCUACUCCAGCACCUAAUGGUAAUGGUGAAAGUGGUAGUAAACCAGGUACUACCAGACCAAAGAAAAAAUAUAAAAAAUCACAAGCUCAAAAAGAAAAGGAAGCGGCCGCUGCCGCCGCUGCUGCUGCUGCUGCUUCAGCUGGAGAAAAACCACCAAAGAAAAAGAAAGCCACAGCAACGUCAGCAGCAUCAGCAGCAUCAGCAGCAGCAUCAACAGUAGCAUCAACAGCAGCAACUAGUACAGUGAAUAGUCAAGCUCCACUGGCACCAAAGCCUAAACCAGUGGCAAAACCAAAAGGUCCUGUUGAUGUUGAAAAACAAUGUGGGGUGGCAUUACCUUCUGGUGGACUUUGUGCUCGUUCAUUAACUUGUAAGACUCAUUCAAUGGGGGCAAAACGUGCUGUUCCUGGUAGAAGUGCCCCUUAUGAUGUAUUAUUACAACAAUAUCAUAAACGAAAUCAAGCCAAUAUAGCCAAAAGUCAUGCCAUGAUGUUACAACGUCGAGAAAAUGCUGCAUUUAAUGAUCAACUGGAAUCUGGGAAUAAUGUUACUAAAGUAUUGAAUCCUGAUGAAGAAACUGAAUAUGUUUUAGCUGGAGUUUCUAAAAAUAAUACUAUUCCAUUAGAAAGGAAAGUAAUAAUGCCAGUUAGAUAUCGUCAUAGAUUUCUUCGAGCUCGAGAAUUUUAUGCUAAUGCAUUAAUUAUAUCUGCUCAUCAUAAUCAAUCACAAAAUCAAUCAUCAAAUCAAUCUCAAAUACAACAAAAUAAUGAACAAACUUUAGCAAAUCAAGCUAUAUCGGGAUCAAUUGGUGGAUUACAAGGAAGAUGUGCUUUGAUUAAUAUUGAUGCCAAACCAAUUGAUGUUAAUUCACCUACACAAACAUUUAGUGCUAUACCUGGUGAAAUGUAUCAAGUAAGAGCACCAUCAAAAACGAUUGUUAUGACAGCACAACAUAAUAAUAUGCAACAACAAGCUUUCCAACAACAAUUGUUUAAAUUUCAACAACAACAACAACAACAGCAGCAGCAGCAUCAGCAACAUCAGCAACAUCAGCAACAACAACAACAACAAAUGUUAUGGAGACAAAGACAACAGCAACAGCAACAACAACAACAACAACAACAACAGCAACAACAACAGCAACAGCAACAAUCUACUACUGGACAACUUGUUACUAAUUCUACAGAAAUUAAAAAAGAAACCUAG